AUGUUCUACGAUCCAUUCCUCCUGGGGCUUGUUGCCCCCUUAUUAUUCUUUGCCGCAAAUGCUCAGCCGGCGAACAUAACCUAUGCGGGUGGUAUAGUGGUUCCCGCCACUCCGCCUGUGGUGACCGGCCCCAGCUUUUCACGGGCUACGGGGUCGUUCACCGGCGUGCCUACCGUUACGGGUGCUCUGUCGGGCUCUGUGCGAGCGCCGGCUAUUACACCAAGGCCACCGCCUCCUGAAGCGACGAGAUAUCCCAGUGACGGCAAGCUCAACGACACACAACCUGCGCCGUUCCUCCCUGGAGGCGGAUUGGGCACCAAUGGCACGAUGCCGAUCUAUAACGUGCGGAGCGACUAUGAUUACCAGUCUGUUCUUGAUAUGUUCGAUACGGGCCUCUCCCAGUUUUCCACCCGGGAUUUCAUUGAGGCGGGUCUAACUGCUAGAGACCGAAACCUGGUCCGAUUCCUGCGAGGUGAGGUGCUGGGUCAUAUUACGCUGUUGAGUAACAUCCUCGGCCAUACAGCUCCUACGAGAUGCAGCUAUCGCUACCCUUUCACAACUUUGUUUGAAUUCGUCGAUUUUGCCCAGAAAGUCAGCAAAAUUAUAGAAUCCCAAGCUUAUGGCUUUAUACCACAUCUGGAUGCGCGAGAAACCGCUCAGCUGCUUCUCCAGGCGAUUUCGGUUACUGGUCGCCAGCAGCUCAUCCUCCGUCAAUUUGAAGGCUUGUUCCCUGUGCCUGUCUGGUUCCAAAGUAGCAUCCCACAAUCCUGGGCCUGGACAUUGAUCGCCCCGCAUAUCCACUUUUGCCCCUGGAGGAACCCUCGGCUUGUGUGGCAGAACUAUCCAGCCCUCAGCAUCAUUAGCCAGCCAAAUCCACUCGCAGCCAAUGCAACCGCGCUAAAUAACACGGCUCUCGGGCCCGGAAUCAACGCGGCAAAUAUGUCUGCAAUCGACCCGGAGGAUCUCUGCUCGAACUCGACAUGUGCACCGUCGAUCUCAGGAAACAGGACCCACCCGCUCACAGAACCAGGACAACCCGUGGCAAUCUCCUGGGAGCAGCCGGGCAUGCACGUCGGUCCCAACAACAGCUACGUUACCACAUCCACGGCCGGUCAACCUGCAUUCUUGGCGUGGGUGACGCAGUUGAAUAUCACAUACUCGCCGUUGACGCGUAUCAACCGCUCGAUUCCAAUGACGGCGGAGACAACGCAGCCGGAAUUCGAUACGUAUGCUGGGGACCCUGCAAUUAACGGGACAAUAUUUGUGGCCGUUACGGAUCUGGACUUGUUUGUUACGCCGUUCAACUUGAGUUUGCUGAAUCCGCAUAUUGUUGCUGGGCCAGCGGUGUACCAGGCUGGUUGA